AUGCUUAUUACGUUUGCAGUGAUCGCCUUUGCUUUAUCAUCCCCAUACGAUGGCGACUCCGGCCGUGGAAGGCGUAGUUGGUCCGGCCGCCGCGCCGAUGAUGUAAGGGUGGUUGCAGUGAGCAAGACCAAACCUCUGGCCCUCAUUGACCAACUUUACGCCGUCGGCCAUAGAUGUUUCGGCGAUAACUAUGUCCAGGAAAUUAUCGAAAAAGCCCCAAUGUUAUGAUAGCUGCCUGAAGACAUUGAGUGGCAUUUCGUCGGCCAUUUGCAGAGCAACAAAGCGAAAGCGCUGCUCAAAUAUACAUUUUUUUUCACAAAUAUACAUACUACCUUCGCAAUGCAUCACACUUUAUUGAACUGUAGAGCUGAGGUAUGCAAAGCCCUUGAAAUCUCGGAAUCCCAGUGUGAGUUAUCAAUGGGCAUGUCUGGUGACUUUGAGCAAGCGAUUGAAAUGGGUAGUACUAGCGUGAGAAUAGGAACAACCAUAUUUGGGCCAAGGGAUUACUCAAAGAAGUAA